UCUAUGUAAGCUGCGUCUGAAGUUGGAAUAAAGAGAGUACCGGGACAAGGGACUUUUCAUUGUAAACUGGGAUAGUUUGUAGGUGCGUUCUGGCAAUAUUCUUUCUUAUUGGACCUAAUGCAGUUGUACAAAACACGUGUCAAAAGGGCUCCCCCCGCGACACUAAACAUACUUCACUUUCUUGUACUGUUAAAUCACGACUUUGGGUCAGACCAUAUUGUCCCAGAGGGGUCAUCGCUGUAUCCUGAUCCAUAUAAAGAGAACCUGGGUCCGUUCGCUUUGUAACCUUCGGUCGCUGCUUCCAAGCCGUGCAGUAACCCGCAGACUCCUUGUCGGGCUACGAGCGCUCUGACACGGCACCGACCAACGCCUUUGCAGGUGAAGAGUUCCAGCUGUUUGCGGAAGUGCCAGGGACAGCAUGGCAGGGAAGGACCCUCUGCUGGGGACCCUUAAAGCUUGUGUCCUGGGACUACGAGCCGCUGGCUCUGACAUUAUCACUGAUGACUAUGCCCAUGUGACUCCUUUGUGUGAAAUAUUAGAGAUGAUUCUUCGCAAAGGACUGAAGAGUGGAGUCUUGGGACUGAAAAGAAGAGAUUACUGGCAUUGGAUAGAGGAGCUGCCUCAGCACGACACAUGUGGCAGUAGACGCUCAUGCAUAGCCGUGAUGAUAGAGAAGACAACCGCCUGUCCCAAGCUGCUAACGGCACAAGGGAGGGGAAGAUACUUCCUACGGCUGGCUCUCAAUAGGAAAUCUUUGGCGACCGCAAUCCAGUAUCUGCAGCACACGCAGAGACUGCUGGAGUGGUAUGACCCGCUUCUGUCUGUCCUGGGAAAUGAAGAAUAUUUUGAGCCUUUUUUGUCUCUGUUGCUUGUGAUGUCCGAAAGCAGUUUCUCUCUGGAUCUGGAGAAUUCCAGUUUCCUGGAUGACAGCUGGAUCCUGCCGGUAUACUCAAUGUAUCAAACCGUGCCAUGCAGAGAAUUGGGAAUGGUGCUCAGGUACCAUGAGGGACGUGUAUUUGUAGUAGAGGUUCUGCCUGGAAGCCAGGCUGAAGUGGACGAAGUAGUGCUGGCGGGUGAUGUGAUUGAUGAAAUAAAUGGAGUGUCUCUGCGAAAUGCAAGCAAUGGCCAGGCUGGCACGGUAUUAAGCAAACUGAAGGGGGAGCCGCUGGUUUUCAGGAUGAUCCGAUGGCGUUGGAAGAAUGGGGAAUUGUUUCGCCCACUAAUUCCAUAUAUAAAAGAAAUCCAGGAAAGAAUUCCUACUUUCCAACUUCAGCAGAAGCCCAGGACUCUGGAGUCUGAUGAGGAGCGGCCUGAGCAGGAUGGCAGGUUGAUGUAUGCUCUACAGUACCUGGGACAGGCUGACAUUGGGAUGUUUGGAGGUAAAGAGGUGUUGGAUGCCGGUAUCACUAAAGUGCAAAAACAAAACAUUUCCCCGAAGGAGGUUUUGCUUGACAUUAAGGAGACAGAAAUAGUGGUGAAGGAAAUGGGGUCAUCGGAGGUCCUGUUUCAGUACCCUUACCCAGAGAUUUCCAGUGUGGGGCGCAGGCUGGAUAACAAACGCAUAUUUGCGUUAUGUGUAGUGCACAGGGAUGAGAGUUCAGAUAUCUCCUUCAACUGCCUGGUGUUUGACGCACAUUUGCCCAGAGAAAGCGAAGAGAUCAUAAAGCGUAUCGCAACUGGAUUUAAGCAUACAGAAUGGUUUGUAUGAACAAGAUCAGUCAGUGAACCAACUAUUCAUGCUGAUCUCAGGAGGAAAGCAGUUCCUGUGACAGGAUCCACCGUGCUAUGCUGCAGGAGCAGAAGAGCCACAAGCGCGUUCCUUCACACCCAUCAAAGACACAUGGGAGCAUUGAAAUACUUGAGGUAGAGGAGAACUGGUCCCCUCUGUACCAUAAUAGGAACAAUUCUGUUUUAGUGUACUCCAGAUUUAUAUAGCCUGAAGACAAAUCUUACAAGACAAUGAUGAAUGUAAAACAUUUAAUUUAAAGUUUGACACUUAAUAUAUAAAAUAGCUCUUGUAAAUGCACAUUGUGUUCUGUAGCUGCCUGGUUAACACAUCAAUCUGCUGUUAAGCACCUAUGAGAUACCCACAGAUUUGAGCCAGCAAGUUUCAGUAAGGAUACAGGAUCUGGUCUCUAACAUGUGGUCACUCUAAAUGUCCUCUUUAACAGGGCACAAAAAGUUGCAUUAAAAAACCCACUGUAGUUAA